AUGGCGUCCGGCGCAGGCGGGUCUUACAACAACCCACUCAAGAAGUUCAAGCUUGUCUUCUUGGGCGAGCAGAGUGUCGGUAAAACCUCACUCAUCACGCGGUUCAUGUACGACUCCUUCGACAACAUGUACCAAGCGACCAUUGGCAUCGACUUCCUUUCCAAGGCAAGAUUCUCCAUGACAUCAGGGUGUACCAUGUACCUUGAGGACCGGACGGUGAGGUUACAGCUCUGGGAUACCGCCGGCCAAGAACGAUUCCGCAGUUUGAUUCCCUCGUACAUUCGCGAUUCCAGUGUGGCGGUUGUGGUGUACGACAUUUCAAAUGCGAAAUCCUUCCAGAACACCAAGAAGUGGAUCGACGAUGUGCGCGCCGAGCGAGGAAACGACGUCAUCAUUGUGCUCGUGGGCAACAAGACGGAUUUGAACGACAAGAGAGAGGUCACGACGCAGCAGGGAGAGGAGGAGGCCAAGAAGAACAACCUCAUGUUCGUGGAAACUAGCGCGAAGCUGGGCCACAACGUCAAGACGCUGUUCAAGAGAAUAGCGCAGGCGUUGCCCGGCAUGGAGGGCACAGAUGCUGCUCAGCAGGCCUCAAGCCAAAUGAUUGAUGUGAAGACGACCCCUGCCGCAUCCUCGCAAGAGGGAUGCGCGUGCUAG